UAGUAUUACGGCGAACGGAUGACUGCCGGCGAGAAAAAACAAAAAAAAACAAAGAGGUCAACAGAAAAAAUUAAUUGAAAAUGGAAUUUCAAGUAAAAAAAAAAAGUUGGUGUGGCAGCUUCUGUUUAAAAGGAAAUCCAAAAAUUGUUGGCUAUUUAAGUAUGGAUAAAAAUGGCAAGUGCAGUGAGGAUUUAUCACAAUUAAAAUAUUACAUACCACACAACGAAACAGAUGAUGUUUAUUUUUAUCUUAAUGAUGGUUAUCAUAAAGCAAUAAAAAAGAGAGUCAUACCACCUAAUAAUAUAGAUGACCUUUUGCAUUGGGUACAAAUGCAUAAUAAACUAGUAAAGAGAGUGGCAAUGAAUUUUUGCAACACGUUUCUGAAUCACGUCAAAAGUGUUGUUACUGAAGACACUGACAAGUUUAUUUACAAAUUUUCUUGGAAUCCUAAGACUCAAAGCCACAUUAAGGAAGAAAAGCUGGAGAAUACGAACAAUCAAUCGGAAUUUUCAUUCCUACCUGAAUGGUUUACUGUAAACAGCAUUCCAGAAAAAAAGUAUUAUAAUUCUGAUCGGAAAAAGCUCGUGGAAGAAAGGAAUAAGAUUGUUAUAUUUUUUAUUUGUUUACUUUUCUUUUGUUUCUACAUAUGUGUAGAUUUGUGCAACUCUUUUUAAAAGAAAAAAAUUGGGAGCAGUGCACGUAGAUACUAUUUUGUAAUAAAUUAACGAUUUCAAUGUUUCCAAAAUAUUUUU